CAAACCACACCAAAAUCUUAUACUUCUUUCUCCCUCCUUUACUUUCCUCUAGUUUCGUUCUAAGUAUGCUCUGUGGUUGCGGCUAAGUCCGAUCUUCCGCAUCAGAAAGAAUUACUAGAGUUAGUUUUUGUUUUGUUUUGUCGAUACUCUCGCUAGCUUUUCGGCAAAAAAUGGACGAAGAGGCUUUGAGAGUACGUAAAUUAAUUAUAUUCUUUUGUUAUUUUUUUUUACAUGGGUGCUAAAAUUUAAAUUGAUUUGAUUUUAUAUUUUUUUAUAGAUGGGUGCUGAGAUAUACGACCCUCGAUUGUAUAUCGAUCCUGGCCCAAGGGAUCGAAGGUAUUUAACCGGGCAAGAUCAGCAUCGCUCCCGUUCAAUUUGGAACAAUAAUCCGGUAGACACUAAAUUUAUUUCAAUAGUUUUAAAGUUUUUAUUUUGCUUUGUAUUGACUAAUAAUAUUGUGUUUUUUGUUUUGUAGGAAUCACUUAUUCCAAUCGCUCAUCGAGGGACAUGUCGAUUGCCCCGUUGGCAUGAUCGACUGCAGCCCUAUAUAGAGAGGACGGGAUUGCACAUGCUGAGGCACUUUACGAGGCUUGAUAUUGACAACGAUCUGCUGACGGCAAUGGCAGAGCGAUGGCGCCCCGAGCUGCAUACCUUCCACUUUCCCGAGGUGAAAUGACGAUCACCCUCAAAGAUGUUGCCAUCCUCACCGGGCUCCCGAUCACCGGAGAUGCCAUCAUCGACAGCUCGAAAAAACCGGAUGAUGGUUGGGGGCCGUUGAUUCUAGAGCGUUUGGGGUUCAACAUGCCGACCACCAUGCCCGUCGACGGGCAUGGGCAUCCACCACUGAAUGCGGGGCAAGUAUCGGUCCCGUGGCUUGUUGACCACAUCCAAAUGGAGGUUAACAUAGGCCCCGACACUCCUGAAGAUCAGGUGGAGCGGUAUGCACGUGUCUACCUAAUUGGUUUGGUUGGUGGGUUUCUGUUCCCCGACAAGUCAAACCUAAUUGGUUUGGUUGGUGUGGUUAAAUAUGCUCCUCGGUGACUGGGACGAGAUCGGGAGAAAAAGUUGGGGGUCGGCCGUCUUGGCUGGGAUCUACCGAGAGUUGUGUACUUGCUCGAGGUUGUGAGCGAAACAAGCUGGUGGUGCGAUGUUCAUACUCCAACUCUGGGCAUGGGAGCAUCUUCCGUUUUUAGCACCUCGAGACCCUCGGGAAUUCUGGUUGCCAGACGAUGAGCUACGAUUUGUAGCAAAUCCCCCAUAUGGUUUCAAGUAAGUUUAAUUUAAGUUUAAUUUAUUUUAGAUAUGCAAUGGUAGUAUUUUAGUGAAUUUAGAUCUAUUCCAAGUAAGCGAAUUUAGUGAAUUUUAGUGAAUUUAGAUCUAUUCCAAGUAAGCGAAUUUAGUGAAUUUUAGUGAACUUAGAUAUCUUUCAAGCAAGGAAAUUAAGUGACAUUUUAGGU